CCAACCCCCAACCCCACCACGGCAACAUCCGCACCCUGCCUGCAGCCAUCCAUCCCAGGCAUAAAAAAAGUUACAGAAACAAAAAAAACCACAACGAUCGUCACCACCACCACCAAAAAAUGCCACCCACCACAACCACCACAAAAUCCAAAAAGCGUGCCCGCCAGGCAGAUCCGAAGCCAGCGAACAAGCGCGCAAAGACAAACAAUGGAUACAAAGUCACUCUGGACGAAUUGGGCUGGAAAGCGAUUGCCAUGCCAGAUAGGUUAGAUGAUGUUGAGGGGUUUUAUGGACUUGACGAGGUUGACGGGGUAGAUGUUGAGAUCGAUGGUGGGGGGGUGGUUGGGUAUAAAGUUUGUGAUUUGGCGGGGGGGAAGAAAGGGGGGAAGAAGGGGGAGAAGAGGAAGAAAGAGGUAGUUGGUGAUGAUGAGUGGGAGGGGAUUAAUAGUGAUGAGGAGGAGGGGAGGAAAGAAGUGGUUUCUAAGAAAGAGAAGAAGAAGAAGAAGAAAGCUGCGCCGAUAAAGUCUGAAAAGCAACAGCGGAAGGAUAAAAAGUCGAAAUCUGAGGAUAAUGAGCUUGGGGGGUCGUUUGCUUUGUUACCGGAUGAGGAUGAAGAUGUCUCCCUCCCAGCCUGGGAUUCCCUAAACCUUUCCCUCCCUACGCUCCGCGCCCUUUCAAAACUAAAAUUUAACACACCAACACCUAUCCAAUCCUCCGCAAUUCCCGAGAUCAUCGCGGGACAUGACUUAAUUGGCAAAGCAAGCACUGGUUCCGGAAAGACGCUUGCAUUCGGAAUCCCGAUUUUGGAGCACUAUCUCUCUCGCCCGGGCGAGAGCUCCAAGACUAAGAAGGAGGACGGGGAGAAGAAGGAAGAGAAAUUACCCAUGGCACUGAUACUCUCCCCGACGAGGGAGCUUGCGCAUCAAUUACACGCGCACCUGACGGCGCUGGCGGCUUACGCGCCGGAUAUGUCCAUCGUGUCAGUCACCGGCGGGCUCUCGCUGCAGAAGCAACUCCGGCAAUUGACCGAGCGCGGCGGCGCCGACGUGAUCAUUGCUACGCCCGGGAGGUUAUGGGAGGUUGUUUCCGAAGGGCAGGGUUGGAUUGCCAAGUUGCGGAAGGGAUUGAAGUUUUUGGUCGUGGACGAGGCGGAUCGACUUUUGCAGGAAGGGCACUUCAAAGAGGUUGAGGAGGUCAUGAACCUCCUUGGGCGGGAGGAGGACGAUGGUGCCGAGAGCGAGAGCGAGAGUGAAGGUGGGAGUAACGUUGAUGAGGAUGAGUACGCUAGGAGGAAUUCUGUCAGGAGGAAGAAGUCUCAGAAGCAGGUGACCGAGCGACAGACCUUGGUCUUUUCAGCAACGUUUCAUAAAGGUCUACAGCAGAAGCUUGCCGGGAAGGGCGGGAAAAAGGGAUUGGGCGGAGACUUGAUGGGUGAGAAGGAGAGUAUGGAGUAUCUUCUCAAAAAGCUCAAGUUCAAAGACGCAGCUCCCAAAUUCAUAGACGUUAACCCCGCCGGGCAACUCGCUGAAAGGGUGAAAGAAGGGAUCAUCGAAUGUGGUGCUAUGGAGAAGGACCUUUACUUAUACUACCUCCUCCUCCGCCACCCCUCCAAAACCCUAAUCUUCACCAACUCCAUAACCUCGGUGAAACGCCUCACCCCACUCCUAACAAACCUAAACCUGCCCGCCCACCCCCUGCACUCCAAAAUGAUUCAAAAAGCGCGCCUCCGCUCCCUCGAACGCUUCUCCUCCUCCUCUUCCCUCCCAACCACAUCCCAAUCCAAACCCCACCACUCAAUCCUAAUAGCAACAGACGUAGCAGCCCGCGGCCUGGACAUCCAAAACGUCGACCUAAUAAUCCACUACCACCUCCCGCGCACAGCAGACACAUACGUGCACCGGUCCGGCCGUACAGCGCGUGGCGCGGACGCGCACGGCGUCAGCAUCCUCCUCUGUUCCCCAGACGAAGUCGCCGGCGUCCGCCGCCUCGUUUCAAAAGUCCACGAUCCAGAGUCUUUAUCGACAGCCCGCUACUCCAUGCGCUCUUUCGACGUCGAUCGCAAACUAGUAAGUAAAUUGAAACGCCGGGUAGAACUUGCCAAACGAAUCGCAGACUCUGCGAUUGAAAAGGGGAAGAAGGGUCAUGAAGAUGAGUGGCUGAAAGCUGCUGCCGAAGAUUUGGGGGUCGAGUAUGAUAGCGAGGAGUUUUUGGGGGGCGGAGCAGCGGCGGGGAAAAGGGGAAAGGGUGGGCAAAAGAGACGGGAUGGAGCGGUCUUGGCUACGAAGGCUGAGGUUGCCGCCUGGAGGGCGGAGUUACAAGCGCUUUUGAAGGAGAGGGUUAAUGCCGGGUUUUCGACAAGGUAUCUGACUGCCGGCAGUGUUAAUCUUGCUCAAGCGCUUGUGAAUGGGCGGGGCAUGAGUGAGGGGUUUUUGGGACUGGAGGAGAGGAGGGUUGUAGAUGUUGUGUGAUGGGGG